AUGUCAACCUUUAAUAGUGUCAAUGAUUACGAGAAUCGCAUUGUUCCUGAUUACAUAGAUUCUAUUGACUUCUUAACUCUUUUAUCUGAAGAUGAGUUCACAAACUGGUUGAAUAAAAUAGCAAAAAAGCAUGCCAAUUGGAUUUACCAUCAAUUGUAUAACCAUAACAAAAAUAGUGCUUUUAUUGAGUUGGCUCUUAAAGAGCCUUUAAAAGUAAAAACAGUUGUAUGCUUAUGUGAUCAUGCUGAAAAACCUAAAAAAAAACUAUCUUCUUUGCAGCAAGUUCAGAAGCGGGUUAGAACUACAAAAUCUAUAAAAAUUGGUUGCCCAGCUAACAUAUACAAGCAUGUUAUGACUGAUGGUACAAUUCAUAUCAAGUAUAACUGGCAGUAUCUCGACCAUGAUCCCUUUCAAAUUGAGGAAAUAAGCUCCUCCAGAUUGCCUGAUAAGCUAAAGCAAUGGGUGGAAGAGCUUGUUGGCCAAAAUAUGGAUUGGAAAUCCAUUAAGAAUAUGCUUAGAAUGAGUGAAGAUCGACUUUUUGAAGUAAAUAUUUUAUACUUUCAAGAAGACAUGUCAAUCACAAAGAAAGUGUCAAACUUUGGAUGGAAGAACUCCGUGAGAAUGGAAACACAACUUUGUUCACAGUUCAUCAAAAUGGACCUUUUGUUCUUUCAUGGGUUUCAGAUUGGCAAAUAG